AUCCAAAAGUGUAGAAUAAAACAGGUAAUAAAUUCACAUAAUUUCUGUAGGAAGAUUUGGAUUUGGAUUUAGAUUAUACCAAGAAUAUAAAAAGAUAGAAUGCUGAACAUGAGCAUUUCCCCCUGUCCCAUCAUUCCCCGCUUAGUCCCACAGCUUGAUCGCUGUGAAAUAUCUUCCCUCAAGCACCGGUUGCGUCAUUAUCACCUCCGCGGCGGCACACGACGGCUUCUUCUGAUGGUUUCUCCCAACAAUCUCCCAACCACCGCCUCUCAUUUCAGACACGUAGACGCCAUGGUCCCCCAGCCUUCCGCCGCCGCAGCCAAGCUUUCCCAAUUGAAAGCCGUCGUCUUGGGCGAGGCUCCUGCUUCCGAAGACGAUGAAGUCGUUGUCCCAAGCCAUGAAUUCUCUCGCCAGGCUCUGGUUCCUUCUACACAAAAGUACCUGGAGAUGUACAAAUCAUCAAUAGAGGACCCUGCUAAAUUUUGGUCAAGCAUUGCAUCAUCGGAGUUUUACUGGAAACAGAGAUGGGGAGAUCAGGUUUACUCCGAGAAUCUCGAUGCAAGGAAAGGGAAUAUCAAGAUCGAGUGGUUCAAAAGCGGUAUCACGAAUGUGUGUUACAAUUGCUUAGAUAGAAACAUAGAUGCCGGACUUGGAGACAAAAUUGCUAUUUAUUGGGAAUCCAAUGAACCUGGCUUUGAUGCCACUCUAACUUACUCCGAAUUGCUACACCGAGUUUGCCAGCUUGCUAACUACCUGAAAAGUAUCGGUGUUGGAAAGGGUGAUGCUGUUGUUGUUUAUUUGCCUAUGUUAAUGGAACUCCCUAUCACCAUGCUUGCAUGUGCUCGUAUUGGUGCAGUUCACUCGGUCGUCUUUGCUGGAUUCUCUGCAGAAUCUCUAGCCCAACGAAUUGUGGACUGUAAACCAAAAGUUGUUAUUACUUGUAAUGCUGUUAAAAGAGGCCCUAAGACCAUCCACCUAAAGGACAUUGUUGAUGCUGCCCUUAUUGAAUCCGCCAAUAACAGGAUCUCUGUAGAUGUAUGCUUAACCUAUGAAAACCAAUCAGCACAGAAUAGGGAAAGCACUAAAUGGGAGAAAGGAAGAGAUGUAUGGUGGGAGGAUGUUGUCCCAAAAUUUCCAACUUCUUGUGAUGUUGAAUGGGUUGAUGCAGAAGAUCCCCUUUUUCUGUUGUAUACCAGUGGGAGUACUGGGAAGCCAAAGGGCGUACUUCAUACAACUGGAGGAUAUAUGGUGUACGCAGCUACAACAUUUAAAUAUGCAUUUGACUACAAGGACUCUGAUGUUUACUGGUGCACAGCUGACUGUGGUUGGAUUACGGGACACAGUUAUGUUACUUAUGGACCCAUGCUUAAUGGAGCAACAGUUGUUGUGUUUGAGGGGGCCCCAAAUUACCCUGAUCCUGGACGAUGUUGGGACAUUGUCGACAAAUACAAGGUGACCAUAUUCUACACUGCCCCUACAUUGGUGCGCUCUCUCAUGCGUGAUGGUGAUGAGUAUGUCACUCGCUACUCUCGGAGGUCCCUGCGUGUCCUUGGAAGUGUUGGUGAGCCUAUUAAUCCAACUUCUUGCAGGUGGUUUUUUAAUGUUGUUGGAGGGUCUAGUUGCCCUAUUUCUGACACUUGGUGGCAAACAGAAACAGGUGGCUUUAUGAUUACUCCUCUACCGGGGGCCUGGCCACAGAAGCCUGGUUCUGCAACCUUUCCUUUCUUCGGAGUUCAGCCUGUCAUAGUGGAUGAGAAAGGAGUUGAGCUUGACGGUGAGUGCAAUGGUUACUUGUGUGUGAAAAGCUCAUGGCCCGGUGCAUUUCGAACUCUUUAUGGUGACCAUGAGAGAUACGAGACAACAUACUUUAAGCCAUUCCCUGGGUAUUAUUUUACUGGUGAUGGCUGCCGCAGGGACAAGGAUGGUUACCACUGGCUUACGGGAAGAGUCGACGAUGUUAUUAAUGUUAGUGGACAUCGUAUUGGCACAGCUGAGGUGGAAUCUGCUCUAGUUUUUCAUCCUCAUUGUGCAGAAGCUGCUGUGGUUGGUGUCGAACACGAGGUUAAAGGGCAGAGCAUAUAUGCCUUUGUAACUCCUGUGGAAGGCAUUUCUUACAGCGACGAACUCCGAAAGAGCCUUAUACUCACUGUGCGAAAACAGAUAGGAGCAUUUGCAGCACCUGACAAAAUACACUGGGCACCUGGCCUGCCGAAAACAAGGAGUGGGAAGAUAAUGCGGAGGAUUCUGAGGAAAAUAGCGUCUAGACAAUUGGAUGAACUCGGAGACACGAGCACGCUGGCUGAUCCCGGUGUUGUUGAUCAGCUUAUUGAACUUGCGGAUGACUGAAACUGUAACCAUGCGUUCCUUGCUUCCUUGCCGGGAAAGGAAUCGUUCCCAUUUGGACGGUGUGUUCACCUUCUUUCUGCCUCUUGGCUGCUUCUAGUUUGAUUUGAAGUACCUGCUUUAAUUUUUGCCCUGUAUUGGAGGUUGCCUCGUCCAUAUGCCACCAAUAUUUCUAUGGAAUCCUAUAUACAUUUGUACUAUUUAAGAAAAUAAUAGUGAUAGAAUAAGAAGAAAGAAGAAGAAUUCAUAAAUGUA